AUGAAGCUUUCUGCCAUUACCGUGAUGUUUGUUGCUGCUACUGCUGUUGCCGCAGAGGGCUCCAAGAAGAUUUUCGAGGUCGAGGGUCUCGACACCUGGAAUGAACAAGAAGCGAAGGAUCUCUUGCAAUGCAGCGUCACCACCCUCAAUGCCUUCGACCGCGGCGUUACUGGAAAUAAAGCUUCCUGUAACAUGUUCCGAUGCCUUCAGAACUAUGCGGAUACCUAUAACCGAGGUGGCGUUUUCCAGAAGCUAUCGCAGAUUCUCGAUAUUGUUUGCGUGCUGCCAUUUUAA